GUAGGGAUCACCACUUCCUCGCUUUCUGACUAUAAAUAUUCCUCUUCCUCCAACAUCAUGAACAAGCUACUGGUGCUUUUAAAUCUUCAUCACCAUCGAUAACAAACAAACAUGGCGGAAGUGAAGAGCAAGAUUUUGAUCAUCGGAGGGACGGGGUAUAUUGGCAAGUUCAUGGUGACAGCCAGCGUUCGCUCCGGUCACCCCACGUUCGCUCUGAUCAGGGACUCCACUCCUUCCGACCCCGCCAAGGCCAAGCUCUUAGAAGACUUCAAGGCCUCCGGCGUCACCCUUCUCCGAGGGGAUUUGUACGAUCACGAGAGCCUGGUGAAAGCAAUUAAGCAGGUAGACGUGGUCAUCUCCACAGUGGGGUUCAUGCAGACGGCGGAUCAGUCAAAGAUCCUUGAUGCCAUUAAAGAGGCCGGAAACAUCAAGAGGUUUUUUCCGUCGGAGUUUGGGAACGAUGUGGAUCGUGCACAUCUGGUGGAGGCAGCAAAACCAAUUCUUGUCGAGAAGGUUCAAUUUCGACGGACUGUCGAGGCAUCAGGGAUCCCGUACACCUUCGUGGCCUGCAACUGGUUCGCUGGUUACUUCCUUCCGACGCUGGCACAAGCAGGAGCUAGUGGCCUUCCCGUAGACAAAGUCACUAUAUUAGGCGAUGGAAAUGUCAAAGCUAUAUUUGUUGAUGAAGAUGAUAUCGGGACAUACACCGUUAGGUCCGCCGAUGACCCAAGAACUUUGAACAAGAUUCUGUAUCUGAGGCCAUCUGCUAACACUCUAACGCAUAAUGAGCUUGUAUCUCUCUGGGAGAAAAAGGUUGGCAGGACUUUUGAGCGGGUUUACGUCCCUGAAGAAGAAGUUUUGAAGCAGAUCCAAGAAGGACCUUUCCAAAUGACCAUCAUACUUGCGAUCAUGCACUCUGUUUUUAUCAAGGGGGAUCACACCAACUUUGAAAUCGAUCCGUCAUCUGGUGUGGAGGCUACUGCACUCUAUCCUGAUGUCAAAUAUACGACUGUAGAUGAAUACCUGAAUCGCUUCCUCUGAGAAUAUGCCGCGAACAUAUUUCUAUAGCCAAUAAACACGCAAGUAAAACAGUUCAAUGGCUUUCUCCGUGGCCAAUGAACACGCCAUCUAAUAACAUUGGCUUCUUGUUCAUGAGUUUGUCACUCCAUUGUUAUUCGUUUCACAUGAAAGCUUAUCAUUUUAGUUGCUGCAA